UGAUGAGGGGGAGGAGGAGACAUCGAAUGGGGGUGAUGAUGGUGCUGGAGGAUGCAGGUUGGCUGCUUCGGUGCCCACACAGCAGCAGCGCAGGGCUUGUGGCAGCUCGUUGCCCCCAGCGGUAGCGCCUCACUGGCCGCCAGGAAGAAGAGCUAGUCGGGCAAGGCUAGGGAGCGCCUGGCAGCAGCAGCCCUCUUCCUCAAUGUCUCCCCUGCGAGGCUGCUUCUCCUCCCCGCUCCAGCUGCGCCCUCCGCUCAUCCCCAGGCCGUCGCUGCUUGGCCUCUUGCUGCUUGAACUCCUUGUGCUGCUUCUGGAGGAGGAGGAGCAGCUGUCCGGGAGCCCCACGUCUCCUUCACCCCCUGAGGAGCACAAUGAAGGCGGAGAAGGAGGACCUGUCCAUGAUCAACCUGUCUGUGCAGCAAGUGCUGAGCCUGUGGGCACACGGGACGGUGCUGAGGACCCUGACCGAGAUGUGGUAUUGGGUUUUCCUAUGGGCCCUCUUCUCCUCCCUCUUUGUCCACGGAGCAGUAGUAGUUCUGAUGUUCGUCAUGCUACAGAGGCACAAACAGGGGAGGCUCAUAUGUGUGGUGCUGGUCAGCAUUGGGUUCCUGGCGUCUGUCACCGGAGCAAUGAUAACUAGUGCAGCAGUUGCAGGCAUAUAUCAAGUUGCAGGAAAGAACAUGGCACCUCUAGAAGCUUUAGUGUUUGGCGUUGGGCAGACAGUGCUGACUGUAAUCAUCUCCUUCUCACGUGUUCUUGCCACACUAUGAGACAUUCAAACUGGAAGUAUUUGAAGGAAUGGAUAUGUUCAGAAGGAAAGUAAAUGCACAUGUUUUAUUAUAUACAUAAUGUUGUAGUGCGGACCACUACACAUUGUGUAGUAAUAAAUAACGAUAUGUUGAAGAGUGACCCUCAGGAGAACUUAACAUUUAAAGGGAAGAUCAUCUCUUCAGAAAAAGUGGCUUCCGAUUGCUAAGCUGUUGCACUAAUAAAAUGUCAAGCACCUCAUGUGCCUCAAUCCCAGGCAAGGAGCAGUACAUUUUCUACAAUGCUGUAGGGAGGCGCACCUUGCAGAACUGGUCUGGUCAUCUAGUCCUCUAGUGUUGUGAGCAUGGCAGUGGUGUGUACAGUGUUGUUCAGGAGAUUUCAUUAUAUCACACGAGAUGAGAUUUUUUAAUUAGGAUACCAAAUAGUUACAUAAUCUUUUUGGGGGUAUUCUGAUCAUCGGAUACACACUACAGGAGGUUCUUCUGCGAUACGGACAUUGACAUUGGAGACCCCAGAAGACUGUACCACUGCUGUGGAUAAAAGGCAAUGGUGAAAGGCUUAUAUGUGCCAAAUUAUUUUUGUAAGUCUUUUUUUUAUCAGUUUAGUCUUAGAUGGUGACAUGCUGAUUAUUGAUGUCAUGAUCAUUUAGAAAGUGAUAAAUACUUAGCAGUGAACCUUGAGGCUUGUGUACUGGCCAGCAAGAACAAACAUUUCAUGACUUAAGUUCUAAGGAUCUAAUAGGAUUCAUAAGUCUGUGUAUUUCAUUUUUAUACAACAUCUUGAUAAUUACAACUGCUAGUACCACCAACUGAAGCUCUGCUGAUAUACCGUUUGAACUGUCCGUCUAAGGUAUAUGUUAGGAGGAUUUCCUAACGUAUACCUCAACAGACGUAUGCCACUGUAUAGGCAAACAGUAAAAGAAGUCUCCAGAAGGCUCCCAAAAAAAAAAGUAUCCCGCACAGGAACAAAUUUUCACUUUAUUCCUCAGUGUAUAAUAGGGCAGGCUACUAUACUGUGCUCUAUACAGCAGAAACAAAGGCUUGCUGAUACAUACUAGCCUGGUGUAUUUCAAAAGGACACCUUUAUGGCAUACGCCUGGUUAAUGGGGCCCUAUGGAUUUUAAUUGUCCCAAUGCAUUCGUCAGACACAGUUAACAAAUGGUAUAAUAACAGAACCUUAGCCAAUAUAUUCUGAGCAAUCCAGAAAGGAAGCUGUCAGCAACCCAUCUCAUGGGAAGGUACUUAAAGGGAUUGUGCGCUGUAAUGAUAUGGAUGGACUAUCCUCAGCAUAGUUCAUUAAUAUCAGAUUGGCGGGGUCUGACUCUUGACAGCCCCACCGAUCAGCUGUUUCAAGGUGUGACUGCUGUGUCCUCCUCAGUGUUUAAAUGGUCACUAACUUUUCACACAGCUGUGGAUAAAUCAAUAGUACAAGCAACCAUAAGAAACUUUGAAAUGUAUCUUAUCAGACAGAAAUGUCUACUUCUCCAGUUAUCAGUUGUUUACCCUCUGUCCUUUGGCUUGCUAAAUGUUUCCAGGACAGAGCAGCUCAUUGAAUGAUCAAUUUACACAUGUAAAUACAAGUCUAUGGAGAGGAGAGGGGGAGGAAUGAACUUGAGCUGAGAGAGACACACACAGACAAGAAGACUGCUGCAGCUAAGUAGCUCAGCCCUAGUGUUUUAUUCACACACAUAUACAGGUUAGUUCUUCUUUCUAAUGUGCUUUAUGAGUAUGAGAAAGUUAAGAAGCAGAUUCUCCUCUACUUUCUGUGUGCCCAACCAGCUCUAGGAGAACUGCCAACUAGAAAUAUUGGGGAAAACUGCUAAAAAAAUGGCAAAUACAAAUGAUACAGAAAAUAGUGUCAGAAAUAGUGUUAUUCCUCAUGUACACAAACUGUACUAUUGAUUAAUGCAAAGUUUGUUGAAAGAUUAGGCACGCUUUAACUGGACACUGUCUAGCUUGUAGAAGCAAUGCAGUGUUAUUACAACUUCUUGUCCAUUCACUUGAAUGGGAUGAGCAGUUAUAAUUAAACUGCAAUAGCCGCUAUAAUCUAGACCUCUAGGAGUCAGACCCUGGCUGAUCUGAUACUGAUGACCUAUCCUGAACACCAUUACAGUGUACAACCUCUUUAAGGAUUCUGGUGCAUUCUUACUUGCAUACAGUAGGGCACAGUUACUAAUCAAGAUGUGUUAGGAGCGCAUGCCUUGCAACACAUUUAUUGUCUUAGACGCUUUUAUGGUGUGACAAUUGUGCCAAAAUUCUGGCGCCAGAAUUAGUAGGUGGUAUAGGUGAUAUAAUUUUAGACUGGACAACCUAAGGUGUUCCACGUUUAUCAUCCAGCAUCAGCCACUGUGAUAAAUCUAGUGCAUCUUUACAUUGUCAAAAUGUUAGAAAGGCUUAGUAAAUCUGUCGCAGUGUAUCUUUCGGUCAUAUUUGCAGUUUGCUAUACCACGGAUCCACACUGGGGCUAAUCCAACACAUGGUUACAGGCACACGGAGUCCCUGUGUUUCCCCCCUACGGAGACACAGGUAAACUGUGUGGCCUGUUAGGUAUUUCAGUACAACACCGUAUUAUGGAAGUAUUCUGUAUCAUAAGGAAUGUCUCCAUAAUACAGUAUUCUGUGGAAUUUGGUAGAAUAAUCUUUCUUUGAGAUUCUGUAUGGACUUGAGAGAGUCCAUAGACUUCUGUAUGAAACUGGAGUCGUAUGGUGGCACAGUAUGAGCCCAUGUACUUCUGUGUGUGCCGUAAGUUGUACAAAACCAUAAAGGGCUGGGACUCUUAAUCUGCAUCAUCUGACUUGUUAAAUGAUAUGUAAUACUGAUAUGGCAGAGCUGAGUUUACAUCUAGCACAAUUUAUAUUAUGCAUCGUCUGUGUGGCUCAUCACUGAUACAUUGACUAAAUAUGAUUCUUCUAGAUCUGUAUAAGUUGACAUACAACUUUCAGUUUUCUUCUUUCAUAGUAAAGAACAUGAUGUGAUAAUUAGAAAUAUGAGUAUUAUCCUCAAGGGUUUGAUUCAUAAAAGUACCGUAUGUCUUUUGUUUUCAGCUUUAAUUGGUAUAAAUGGUUGAGAACAACAAAGAUUGGUUUGACAUUAUUUUUUUUCCUCUUACUGAGAUGGUAUCUCCAGCUAUGACUCUGCAGGAGCAAUAAUAUAGAUCCAGCAAAUUAAAUACUGGAACGUAAGGAACAUUUGCUGAUGAGCAUUCUGCACUAUUAAUAUAUCACAAUGAUAUUUGCCAGUCUUACUAUAUAUCCUCUCUGAGGUUCUCGAAGUGCAUGUUUAACAAUGCCUGUUUUAUAUGCUAUAACUCUCAGUAUUUAAUCCAACAUAAGAUUACCUAAAUCUAAAUGAUGUAAAGUUGAUGUUCACCCAUGAACAUGACUAUAAGGUUUACAUAGCGUACACUGCAUAACAUAAAAUGUUUUAUACAUCUUGUACCUAUCCUGACUUAUUCCGUAAAUUAUAGUUCAGAGCAAUUCUGCAGGCUUUAGAGAAGAAAUCUCCCAGCAUUCUUUGCUUGCUUUAAGUUGGUUUGCAUUCUGGCGUAUUUCUUACUUGCUCUGUAUAGUAAUGUAAAGUAGGAAUGAAAUUUCCCACCGCAUUGCUGAUAGUUUCCAAUAACAUUCAGUAGAAUUUUAAAUGUAGUUCAGGGCUAUAAUACAAGAAUAAACUAGUAAAAACAUUUUGGGGCACAUUUAUUAAGACCGGCGGUCCUAAUAAGGCCCUGUGCUAGAGUUUCACGUCACGCCCACAAUUUUAGACCUGGCGUGAGCGAGGCGAAGUAGCAGAUAGCGGCGCAAUGGUCAUCUGCGUCUGAAAUACGCCUAAUUAAGGCAUAUUUCAGAAUAAUAAAUGACCCUCUCCAUUUUAUGUAGCGUGUGUGUAUGUUUAUGGGAGUCAGGAGAGAUGGAUGUUAGCGGGUGCCUAUGUUAUGUUUAAGGCCAUUGUUAAGUGUGUCAUUUGCUACCCAAACAAAGUAACUGAGUCCCAUAAAGAGUACAAAAAUGAAUUGAUCUCCCAGCCUUAAGGGAAUGACACUUUGAACAGCAUAAGGAUCGACUACAUUCUGGUGGUAGGCGAA